CUCGUUAGCUGGCGACAAGGCACAAGGCGACAUGCUUCUCCCCCGGAACGGCGUCACCCAGCCAGCUACACGACGCCCGCCGCAGCGCCUCUGCCGCUGCCUCCCGCCUGCGCCCGUCGCCCCGCUCUGAUUCCUCUUCCACAUUUCUCUUUCCUCGUUUACCAUUUCCGUUUGUGCACACAAUUCUCCAUUUCCAUCCCCCUCUCACAUCGACAGCGCCGCCGCUGCUGCAAGAAAGAAGCAACCGCAGCUAGUCAGCGACACGUCGCAGUCGUAUCGCCUUGCGAGAUCAAGAAGCGGCUAGCUGGUUAGAAUGGACACGGCUCCGGGGGCGGCGAGGGAGACGCAGCACCACCACGGCGGAUGCUUGGCAGUCAGGACGUUUAUGCCAACCGGGCCGGUGGCGCGGUGCUCCGGCAGCUCCUCUCAGGCGGCUGGAUCUUCUGAUGAGGCGUCAUGUGGAUCACCAAGAUGGAUAGGCAAAAGUCUCUCUUGUGUAUGCAUCAAGCGAAAAGGGGUAUACGAGAGAAUAUGUAUGAACCUUACUCCGGUGCAGGAACAGCGGCUUCAGAGGUUGAGGCACCGUAUGAAGGUUUAUUUUGAUCCGUCAAGGCAAGAUCAUCAGGAAGCCUUGAAAGCUCUUUGGUAUGCUACAUAUCCUGAUCAACAACUACAAGGUUUGAUUUCUGAACAGUGGAAGGACAUGGGCUGGCAAGGAAGGGACCCAUCGACUGACUUCAGAGGCGCGGGAUUCAUAUCUCUUGAGAAUCUUCUAUUCUUUGCAAAGACCUUCUCUGCAUCAUUUCAGAGGCUACUAACAAAACAAUGCGGCAAUCGAGCCGCUUGGGAGUACCCGUUUGCAGUUGCUGGUGUGAAUAUAACAUUCAUGAUCAUGCAGAUGCUGGAUCUCCAGUCUACUAAACCGAGAACGUUUGUCCGAGCUGUUUUUGUCCAAAUGCUCUCAGAGGAUGAAUGGGCAUUUGAUCUGCUCUACUGUGUUGCAUUCCUUGUGAUGGACAAGCAGUGGCUAGAGAAGAACGCUACUUACAUGGACUUCAAUGAGAUACUGAAGUCGACACGAGCGCAGCUGGAGAGAGAGCUUCUCCUGGACGAUGUUAUGCGGAUUGAAGAUAUGCCAUCAUAUGGAUUGCUUUGCUAGGGGCCACAUAGCUGUUGGAAAUUAUGAUUGAGCUUCAUGGUACGCGCGCAUAGAACAGCCCUUUGAUUUGUGGGAUGAAAGUUUUCAAUACAUGUAGAGCGAGGUCUUGCUGCUGUAUACUGGAUUUGGUUCCUACGGUGAACAAGUAAACAACUCAUUUUCUCACCAAAAUGUAUUGCUAUCCACCCGGGUUCCCUGGCCUCUGCAUUGAUGGAUACACAGUGUCAGGCCUUGUUUA